AUGUCUGUGGAAAGGCUUGUUUCUCUUGAAGACCAGCCCAGAUCCACCCACCACAUCAAUGCUAUCAAAUACGAAGUAUACCGGUGGAUGUGCUUCCCCAUCAAGGAAACAGCAAGUAAACUUGCACUGAACUUAUGUCAUAUAGACAAAGCAUUUAUUUAUAUCACUGUGUACCACCAAAGGCACCAGACCAACCAACUGAAGGACUUGGGAAUCAAUCAGGAGAUGAAUGACAAUGAAGAGGAAGGGGAAAAAGAACAAAAGAAUAACGACAAGGAAGUAGGGGGUGGUAUUAAUGAUAAACACAGUGAAAGACAGGAGAAGAAUAUUAAUGCUUAG